AUGGCUCACCGCGAUCUCAAAUCCGAGAACUUCUUGGUUGAGAUGAAACCGCUCUUCAAAGUCGUUAUCGCUGACUUCGGUAUAGCCAAGGUUGCAACUAACUCUACUUCGCUGCAGACUUUCUGCGGCUCGCUCAAGUAUGCAGCGUCCGAAGUGUUUUCCGGUUAUAGUUCCGGCUAUGGAAUCCAUGUGGAUAUCUGGUCGCUAGGUAUCAUCAUC